CUGCGAAACAAUUCAGACGCAACCCAAUCAUUAGACCCGCUAGUUGGGAUCAUAGGGUGAAUAUUGAAAUGAGUCAAGCAAUACAAAAUUCGGGGCUCAACCUGGCACCUGAUGAUGUCAGGACGUUGGAGCAGCUCCGUGGGAGAUUAAUGCGGUUGAGCAGGGUCAUAGAAGAGCUGCAAAGUGCCAUGAUACACAGUGGAGAACACCCCCCACCUUGGCCGAAUAUGCAUCGAUCUAUAAGCCUGAUCAACGCUCAGCUCAAAAACCUGCACGACUUCUUCAAGGAUAAAAACGAAGAUGACCUAUCACGGAGCCAAAUUCUCUCGGCACUGCGGACUUACCCAGUCGCGCCGUUCCCCGCCGAGGAGCAGCGAUUCGUUCUGGAGACCAUCUUGCGAAAGAAGCCCAGUCCGGAUGAGGAGAAGUGGGUCGAGGAGCGUUUGCGUGCAGCAUCUGAGUUCUGUCGUGUGCCUGAAGAGUGGCUCUUAAUGCUUGGGAAGACCGAAGUGAUUAAAGAGAAUAGGUCCGACUAUGAAGACGAAUUCGGUGGCAUUAAGAGGGUCAAGGUACCUAUGGAUGAAGACGAUUUGACGGCUCUAUGGGCUGAAGCGCCAGCAACGGCCUAUGCAACCAUUUCCGCCUUUACGAAAGCUCUUUCGGGAGACUAUGACGAUGGCGAUGAGUCUGGCGACGAAGAUGCUGCGGCUUUAGAUGCCAUUCGCAGAGACAUUGGAAUGGUCGACGAACUCGAGUCAACGCCUGCUUCUGAAACGGGGUCUGGCGAUGACGUUAAACAACCUGCACCGUUGCCACUGGGUGCGAUUUUGAAGUUCGUUAGCACAGGGGCAUCUAUAAUACCUCCUGGAGUGCACGCAUAGAGCUUCCUUGUUCGGUCAUCGUAGUUAUUCGGGAUAGCGGCAUUGGGCUGGCGUUAUUAUGAUACCAUCAUUCACGGAGAUUUCGAGGUUCAUAGAGAUACCUUUCUAUAGUUCGCGCCUCCAACACAUGUAUUAUGUAUAUAUUCGAUUGCGUAGUGUUGCACGGACGAAGAAUGGAUAUAAUAGUUGAUUAUACUGGG